CUGCAAUUUGAGCUACUCAUCCUGUCCGUACCGGUGAAUGACAAGAUAACAGAAGUCAAAACAAGUGAAAAAUUUGCCAGUACUGAAGAAGUAAUCCAACCCUCCCAACCCUGGCCAACCGGAUUGAGGAUUAUCUCCUGGAUUUUUGUUCUCACAGGAGAUAAUCUGCCGCCUGGUCCAGCAGAAAGCGUGAGGAGGUCUCCAUGGCCCAGUUCGGGGGGCAGAAGAACCCUCCAUGGGCAGCCCAGUUUGCCGCAACAGCAGUGUCGCAGCCUAGCCACUCAGGACAGUCUUUGGACUUGAAUAGUUUACACUCUUUAGGGGUACAGCAGCCAUCCCUCUUGGGUGCAUCUCCUAUGUACUCUCAGCAGUCAGCUUUAGCUGUAGCCUCCCUCAGCACACAGUCUGCCGCCAGCUACCAGCUCUCCCAGCAGACUGCAGCUCUGCAGCAGCAGGCCGCUGUAGCCGCUGCAUUACAGCAGUCUCAGAUCAAUUCAGCCCUGCAGCAGUAUCAGCAGCAGCAGCAGCAACAACAACAACAACAACAACAACAACAGCAGCAGCAACAACCUCAAGCCUCCCUGCCUCAGCCUCCACCCCAGCAGACCCUCUACAAUGUCCCACAUCAGCUCCCACAACCUCAACAAGCCCUGCUUUCACAGCCCCCUGUCGCCUUGCCCACAAGCUUGAGCCUGUCGAACCCCCAGCAGACGGCCCAGAUAACUGUGUCCUACCCAACCCCCCGCUCCAGCCAUCAGCAGCAGACCCAACCCCAAAAGCAACGCGUCUUCACUGGGGUCGUCAGCAAGCUACAUGAUACUUUUGGCUUUGUAGAUGAGGAUGUCUUUUUCCAGCUCAGUGCGGUUAAGGGGAAAACUCCACAAGUCGGAGAUCGUGUUCUGGUGGAGGCCAUCUACAAUCCCAACAUGCCUUUCAAAUGGAAUGCCCAGCGCAUCCAGACUUUACCUCAGCUGCCCAACCAAACGCACCAGCCGCCCCAGCCCUUACCUCAGGUUUCCCCACAGCUGUCCAGCUUUUACUCUGAAGCAGGAAUGCAACGCUACUCUGACAUGCACUCUGCGGUGGAUUCAAGACUAAAUAGUCAGCCCCUGGGUCCGAACAUGAUGAAACCUGGUCUCUCCAUGCUGCAGUCUCUUCCCCCUCACACUUCGUUCAGUGUCCCAGCCCAGGGGCCUCCUCCCUCUCUUUUGCAGGCCCAGCUCUCUGCUGCCUCUCUGGCCCCACUGCUGCAGAACCCACCUCAGCCACUGCUUCCCCAGCCAUCCCCUAAAGACUCUGUGUUCUCAGGAGGUUUACUGCAGCCCCCAGUGCGAAUGAUGCCUCAGCCACAACAAGUAAGGCGUGUGGACACCUCUCCCCGCUUCCCCAGUCGCAGUGAACGACCAGAGCUCAUCCUGAGGAAGGAUGACCGCAGUCGGGAGAGAGAUAGAGAGCGGAGAAGAUCAAGAGAACGUUCACCCACACGGAAACGUUCUAGAGACCGGUCUCCUCGAAGAGAACGUUCUCCAAGACGACCACGCAGAGUGGUACCACGAUAUACUGUGCAGUUCUCCAAAUUCUCCCUCGAUGGUUAUAAUUGUGAUGUGAUGGAGCUGCGACGGAGGUAUCAGAGCCUCUACAUCCCAAGCGACUUUUUUGACGCUGUGUUUACCUGGGUGGAUGCGUUCCCCCUAACACGACCUUUCACCUUUGGAAACUAUUGUAACUUCCACAUCAUGCAUAAAGAGGUGGACUCUCUGGUGAAGAAUACAGCUGUGCUGGACCCACCUGAUGCCAAUCACACAUACAGUGCAAAGGUGAUGCUGCUAGCCAAUCCUAGUCUAGAUGAGCUGUACCAUAAGUCCUGUGCUCUGGCAGAAGAUCCAGCAGAGUUAAGAGACUCCUUCCAGCACCCUGCUCGCCUCAUCAAGUUCCUGGUGGGGAUGCGAGGCAAAGACGAGGCCAUGGCCAUCGGGGGUCACUGGUCUCCCUCUUUGGAUGGGGCUGACCCUGAAAAUGAUGCCUCAGUCCUUAUAAAGACAGCCAUACGUUGUUGUAAGGCUCUGACUGCCAUUGAUCUGAGUUUAUGUACGCAGUGGUAUCGUUUUGCAGAGAUAUGCUAUCACCGCCCUGAGGAGACUCACAAAGGGCGGACAGUCCCCGCACAUGUGGAGACAGUGGUUUUAUUUCUCCCGGAUGUUUGGCAUUGUCUUCCUACCCGCUCAGAGUGGGAGGGCCUGUCCCGUGGACUCAAGGAGCAGCUGGCAGAGAAAAUCUUGGCUGAACGGAAGGAGGCUGAUGGAGAACAGGAGGAGGAUAAAGAUGAAGAUGAUUCAAAGGAAGUCACCACGCCGACUCACUGGACUAAGCUUGAUCCGAAAUCCAUGAAGGUGAAUGACUUGCGGAAGGAGUUGGAGAGCCGUUCCCUGAGCUCUAAAGGGCUGAAGUCACAGCUGAUUGCUCGCCUCACCAAACAGCUGAAGACAGAGGAGCAGGUGGAGGAGUCAAAGGAGCCAGAGAAGCCUGAACCUCCAAGCGUGGAGGAUGUUGAGCCCUGCAGACCUGAGGAUGACAGAGAGGAGGAGGAGCGUAAGCGGCAGGAUGAACAGGAGCGUCAGCGCAGGGAGAGAAGGUAUGUUCUGCCGGAUGAGCCCACCAUUAUCGUCCACCCCAACUGGGCUGCAAAGAAUGGCAAAUUUGACUGCAGCAUUAUGUCCUUGAGUGUGCUGCUGGACUACAGACUGGAGGAUAAUAAGGAGCACUCCUUUGAGGUGUCUUUGUUUGCUGAGCUGUUCAAUGAGAUGCUUCAACGAGACUUCGGCUUCAAGAUCUACAAAGCACUGGCUGCUAUUCCGAGCAAGGAUGAGAGGAAAGAGAAAAAAGAGAAAGCUAAAAAAGAGGCUGAAAGGAGGGACAUAAAGAAGGAGAAAGACGAAGAAAACGGAGAGCCUGUCACAAAGAGAAUGAGAGAGGAGGAUGAGAAGAGAAAGGAUGAGGAGAAAGAGAGAGGUAUUAAGAGAGAAGGAUCCAAAGAUGAAGAUGAUAAUGAAGAUGGAAGCAGCAACAACAACAACGCUGAUGAAUAUGACCCCUUAGAGGCAGAAGAUGCAGAUGACUAUGAUGAUGAUGAUAAAGAUGACGAAGACUCCAAUGGGAGAGACAGAAGAGACGACCGCCGAGAUGACCGAAAACCCAAAGAGAGAUCUCCUAAAGAUAAAGAUGAGAAGAAAAAGCAGAUGGUGACAUUUAACAGGGAUCUGCUGAUGGCCUUUGUGUACUUCGACCAGAGUCACUGUGGCUACUUGCUAGAGAAGGACUUGGAGGAGAUCAUGUACACUCUGGGCUUGCAUCUCUCCAGAGCUCAGGUGAAGAAACUGUUGAACAAACCAUUGGUUAAAGAGUCUUGCUACUAUCGUAAGCUAACGGACCAGCCUAAAGAUGAGCCCAGCCCUACACUGACGCCUGAUGCUCAAAUAGACAACCUAUUAGGUAACCAAACACUACUGCCCUGUCAGAAGAGCAAGCGUGAAUCGGAGGAGAGAGGCGAGUCAGGUAGCCUGAUCGUCUACAACGGAUCCAUGGUGGAUGUGGGCAGCAUGAUGCAGAAGCUGGAUAAGAGUGAGAAAACCAGAGAGGAGAUUGAGCAGAAACUCAUGCAGCAGGACAUUAAACUGGAGGAAGAUUCAAAGCAUUCAGCAGAGCUAGAGGCAGCUAACCGCAGUCUUCAGCGUGAGUUGGAGGAGGUAAAGAACAGCUUAAGAGACACAGAGAAAAACCUAAAAGCAUCAGACCAAAAGAAAGGCAGUUAUGAACAACAGCUCCACAGCACAGUCUACAGUCUCAACACCAUCAUGAAGGAACUACAGAGCGUUUUAUCAAAAGUUGAUCCCUCGGAAGACCAAAAAACUCAAGCUAAUGGCUCUGAUAAAUGAACUCUCCAGCUCAUCCACAUCUAAUCCUCCUUCAUAUACAGUUGAAGUCAGAAGUUUACACACACUUAGGUUGAAGUCAUUAAAACUAAUUUUUUUAACCACUCCACAGAUUUAAUAUUAGCAAACUGUAGUUUUGGCAAAUCGUUUAGGACAUCUACUUUGUGCAUGACACUAGUAAUUUUUCUAACAAUUGUUUACAGAUAGAUUGUUUCACUUUUAACUGACUAUAUCACAAUUCCAGUGGGUCAGAAGUUUACAUAUACUAAGUUAACUGUGCCUUUAAGCAGCUUGGAAAAUUCCAGAAAAUGAUGUCAAACCUUUAGACAAUUAGCCAAUUAGCUUUUGAUAGGAGGUGUACUGAAUUGGAGGUGUACCUCUGGAUGUAUUAUAAAGCCUUUGCUUGACAUCAUGGGAAAAUCAAAAGAAAUCAGCCAAGGACCAAUCAGGACCGCCACAAUUUAGAUUCGUCAUUGGGAGUAAUUUCCAAAUGCCUGAAGGUACCACGUUCAUUUGUACAAACAAUAGUACACAAGUAUAAACACCAUGGGACCAUGCAGCCAUCAAUACCGCUCAGGAAGGAGAUGCAUUCUGUCUGCUAGAGAUGAAUGUAGUUUGGUGGGAAAAGUGCGAAUCAAUCCCAGAACAACAGCAAAGGACCUUGUGAAGAUGCUGGAGGAAACAGGUAGACAAGUAUCUAUAUCCACAGUAAAACGAGUCCUAUAUCGACAUAACAUGAAAGGCUGCUCAGCAAGGAAGAAGCCACUGCUCCAAAACCACCAUAAAAAAGCCAGACUACAGUUUGCAAGUGCACAUGGGGACAAAGAUCUUACUUUUUGGAGAAAUGUCCUCUAGACUGAUAAAACAAAAAUUUAACUGUUUGGUCAUAAUGACCAUCGAUAUGUUUGGAGGAAAAUGGGUGAGGCUUGCAAGCCGAAGAACACCAUACCAGCCGUGAAGCAUGGGGGUGGCAUCAUCAUGUUGUGGGGGUGCUUUGCUGCAGGAGGGACUGGUGCACUUCACAAAAUAGAUGGGAUCAUGACAAAGGAAAUUUAUGUGGAUAUAUUGAAGCAAAAUCUCAAGACAUCAGCCAGGACGUUAAAGCUUGGUCGCACAUGGGUCUUCCAAAUGGAGAAUGAACCCAAGCAUACCUCCAAAGUUGUGGCAAAAUGGCUUAAGUACAACAAAGUCAAGGUAUUGUAGUGGCCAUCACAAAGCACUGACCUCAAUUCGAUAGAAAUUUUGGGGGCAGAACUGAAAAAGCGUGUGCGGGCAAGGAGGCCUACAAACCUGACUCAGUUACACCAGUUCUGACUGGAGGAAUGGGCCAAAAUUCCAGCAACUUAUUGUGAGAAGCUUGUGGAAGGCUACCUAAAAACGUUUGACCCAAGUUAAACAACUUAAAGGCAAUGCCACCAAAUAUUAACAAAGUGUAUGUAAACUUCUGGCCCACUGGGAAUGUGAUGAAAGAAAUAAAAGCUGAAAUAAAUAAUUCUCUCUACUAUUAUUCUGACAUUUCACAUUCUUAAAAUAAAGUAGUGAUCCUAACUGACCUAGACAGGAAAUGUUUUCUAUGAUUAAAUGUCAGGAAUUGUGAAAAAGUUUAAAUGUAUUUGGCUAAGGUGUAUGUGAACUUCUGACUUCAACUGUAUGUAAAUAAACCCAAAACUAACUGAAUUCUGAAGCUUAUUUUAUUUUGGUAAUUAGUCAUUUCUUCUUCUUUGUACAAAGUUUUAAUGACAGCGGAGAUAACCAAUCUCCUCAAUUAUGUACUUAAAAUUCUUUAAAAAUUCUUAAAAAAAAAAAACUAAGGUAAUUUGAUCAGAAUAAUUGCUAUAUCAAUAAACAAUUAACAUGCUCAUGUUGAAUAAUUUGUUCAUAUGAUGUAAAAUUGUAAUUCGAUUACUGUUUUUUCAUAUUAACUUUUUGGUUUUGCCUUUUUGAAAUUUGCUUGUAAUUUUAAAGUUUUUUUUAUAUCAGCAUAUUUACUUGUUGAAAUAAUACAACUUGUGCCAGUAUGUGUGAGUUAUUAGCAGAGUUUAUUUAGCAAUAAAAGUGUUAUGUUUAAAUUGAAUUGAGUUUAGAAAAAUCAGUUAGGAUUUUAUUUAUCUGCAAGGACCUGCUUUCUGAUCCCUUUCAUUAUAACAGUGAUAGAUAAACAAGUUUUGUUCAGUAUCUUUUAAUUGUUUUGCUGAUUGUGUCACGUCACCACUACGCAUGCAUCUAAAUAAGUGCACGCAUAUCAGCUCGAUUCCUAAAUAAUCAUCUCGCAAAUUUUUCUUGGUGCUUCCUGCUGUGAUCCUUGUGGAAUCCUGCCAGGGUAGCUUUGUAUGUAUGUGGCCAUGUUCUUUGUCAUUGCAAACAAAACCAGGGCAGUUGCCCUAUUAUUGAUGCACAAGUUUGAUCUGGCUGAAGUCAGAUCCAUUCUGAGGCUUGGGUACAUCAUAGAAUAUUUCCGAAUGAGUAUUUCAGAAUAGUGUGACUCGAAAACUGUGAAGAGCAUGUUUUCCUGGAAUUGUUUUGAAGGUGGUGAAUUCUUUAAUUAUUAUUUUUUUUUUUAUUAUUAGCCCACUAAAGAGAUGAAUGAUUACAGUGGGUGGUUUCUGCUUAGUGGAGUAGAGUCUAACUUAGUCAAAUUGAGCCCAAAGCAGAGAAGUGUUUAUUAUUUUUCUAUUCUGGAUGUACUCCAUGGUUGUCCUAGUAAAAAAAAAAUAAAAGUGGAUCAUUUUAAUUUUUAAUUUUA